AUGCGAUUUCGGCGCCUGACCCCUGGUUAUUUCCGAGUGCUACAGAUGCAGGUGGCCGGGGAGCUGAAGGCAGAGCCCCGGAGUAGGCUGAUUGGGGUUGUGGCUACACUGCUGGCUGUCCUUGGGCUGGGUGGCUCCUGCUAUGCUGUAUGGAAGAUGGUGGGACAGCGGCAGCCACCACAAGCCCCAUGA